AUGCCUAUUGUGGACCUGUUGGGUGUCCAGUUCGACAUGCAGCUCGUGUGGAGGCUGAGUCUUUCUGUGGCUGCGGUGCUGCUGGUUUCCUGGGCUUACAAGUUUUAUAACGCGAGAGACAAGCGGAUAAGGCGGUCACGCGGCAAAAAUGGAAGUUGUCAGAAGUGCGAUGCGAUGCUGGACUUAAAAAAUGAAUCAGAAGACAUGGAUAAUACAUUAAAAGAGAGUGACAAUCAUCUCAUGGACAACAGUGAAGAACCUGUAAGAGAUACAGUUAAAGAUGUGGAUGCUUUUGACCCAGAACACUGGAUAAGGCAAUUAUGCAGCUACAAAACUGAAACUUGUGAAAACUCCAAUGCGACGCUGGGCUUAACAAAAACUGAACCAAAACAUGUAGACAGUCAAUUGAAAGAGAAUGACAACUGUCUCCCAGACAAAAGCAAAGAACCUGCAAGAGAUGGUGUAAAAGAUGAGGAUGCAUUUGACCCAGAACACUGGAUAAGACAAUUAUACAGCUACAAAACAGAAACUUGCGAAAACUCCAAUGCGAUGUUGUACUUAACAAAAAAUGAACCAGAUGACGUAGAUAGUCAAUUGAAAGAGAGUGAUGAUUCGCUCACAGACCAAAGCAAAGAAGAACCUGUGGGAGAUACUGAUGCAUUUGACCCAGAACACUGGAUAAGGCAAUUAUACAGCUACAAAACGGAAACUUGCAAAAACUCCAAUGAGAUGCUGGACUUAAUAAAAACUCAACCUGAAGAUGUAGACAGCAAAUUGAAAAAAAGUGAUAGCUGCCUCACAGAAAAAAACAAAGAAGAACCAGUAAGAGAGACUAUAAAAGAUGAGGAUGCAUUUGACCCAAACCAUUGGAUAAGGCAAUUAUACAGCAACAAAAAUGAAACUAGUGAAAACUCUAAUGUGAUGCUGGACUUAACAAAAACUGAACCAGAAGAUGUAGACAGUCUGUUGAAAGAGAGUGACAAAUGUCUCAUGGACAAAAGCAAAGCAGACUCUGUAACAGAUUCUAUAAAAAGUGAGGAUGCAUUUAACCCAGCACAGAGGAUGAAUCAAUUAUGCAACAACAAAAACGAAGCUUGUCAAAAGUCUAAUGUUAUGCUGGACUUAUCAAACAAUAAAACAGAAGAUGAGGGCAAUAACUCAAAAGCGAAUGACAACUGCCUCACUGGCAAAAGCACAGAAGAACUUACAAGAAAUACUGUAAAACGUGAGGAUGCAUUUAACCCAGCACAUAGUGACAACACUGUCAAAGAAGACACACUCAGUCUUCACAGGCAGCUAGCAGUCUCCACCAGUAAUAUUUCAUUUGGAGCAUCUUUGAAGCACACGCAUCCAGCAGAGAGUGGGAUGGCCAAUGCAACAGGGCGCCUCUCCCCGUGCUUUCUACAGCGGCUGGAGGGGAGUGUGGGUGUGGGCAGGGAGCUCAGGCAGGACUUAGAACGCCAGGGGGCCCACUGCAGCUUCCUCUCCAAGGCCGAGAUCAAAGUAGAGGACGCAAACGUGCUGGCGGAGGGAACAGGAGAUCAGAUUGUGCGAGGGAAAAUAUAUGAUUACUACGUGGAGUCCUCCUCGCGUUCCAUUACAGAAUCAGGGGAAGCUAAGCCCGUAGUGGAGGUUGCGUGUCAUGGCAACGGUGAAUCUCUUGGCUCCACGAACACCAUCAUUAUGCGUGAUCUGGUUUUAACGCAGAGCUAUGAUCAGAAUCCCUACACUCGGUUGGGGAAGCUCACGCAGGGGCCCCCCGCCAGGCCUGCACUCCAACGCAACGAGAGUUAUCAGUGUGCCGCAGAGGAAUCGGAGCUUGCCAUUCUCCCCCUGACUUCAACAACGACAAAAACUUCUUCUGUCUCAGCUCACUCUAAGAUCUGUCCUUCAGUGGAAAGAGCAAAUAUGGAAGAAUCAGAGCUAGAUGUAAAGCCUUUAUUUUUACAGCUUCAGCUAAGUGACUGUACAGACUUAGAAAGUGUGAAAAGCAAGAUCAAUUUAGGCAACUGUUUGGAAAUAUUGCAACUGGCCAAAAGAGGAGAGCAUACAUUACUUCAGCAAGCAGCUCUUUGUGUCAUGUCAGAUAAUUAUUUACAAGUUCUCAGAGAUCCUAACCUGUACGGAAGGCUAUUGGCUGGAGAAAGGGAGCAAAUCAGGAAGUUGAGAAUGAAAGGGAGAUCGUAUGUCAUGGUGGCAGAUAUAGAUCCUCGGGCUUGGGUGCAAGACACAGAGGAAACCAAACCAUCCAGUGCAAUAUACUACUACGAUGACUUCAAAGAUACCUGGCAAAAGCUGUGCCAGAUCCCACCCGAAGUCCUCUCCAAAUCUUGCGCUAUGUGUACCUUGGAUAACUACCUUUAUGUAGCGCUGGGAUGCCAGUGCACAGGCAGGGAAGUGACUCCAUCAAAGAGAGUGUUUUGCUAUAAUCCUUUGACAUCCAUUUGGAAAGAGAUCAGCCCUAUGAACCAACCUAGGCCACGGUGCAAACUGGCAGCUCUUGACGGUUGCGUAUACGCCAUCGGGGGCGAGUGUCUGUCCUCUGUGGAACGCUACGACCCACGCGUGGACAGAUGGGCAUUCGUGGCACCACUUCCUAACGAUACUUUUGCGGUUGCCCAUCACGUUGCAGUAUGCGACGGGGAGAUUUUUGUAUCUGGGGGGACAUUACGGUGCAUGCUACUGCGUUACAACUCUCAGGCGAACUCUUGGAGGGCCAGUUUGUUAGGGAGUAAAGACCGGACUGCAGAUAUGGUUGCAGUGGGGAGGUUUUUGUACCGUUUUGAUGUGAAUCCACUGCUAGGGCUCAGUGUUUACCGCUAUCACACUGUUGCCAGGUUGUGGUAUGAGUGCAGUAGCAGGCGCAUACUCAGAUGUCCGGCUUUUCAGUGCGUUGCGAUGUAUGGGAAUGUUUACUGUGUGAAUCGCCAGUUCACUAUCAGGUUUGAUGCUGACGAGGUGUUUCCUGGGUUUGCAGAUGAGGAGCUGAGUGUGCUCCCUGCUGCUAGGGGCAUGUUAUUCCCAUUUGUCCUCUCUCUGCCUGAUAAGAAGCCUCGCCAGACCAGUGUGUAACAAAGACUGGGCUUUCAGCAAUAAUAACAUGAGUUAAUGAGUUUCUAAAGUGACCUAAAACAUUAUAUUUUUU